UUUUUUUUUUUUUUUUUUUUUGCUUUCAGCUUUCAAAGACUGAAAGCAUGUCAUUCUACUUCCAGAAAUCCUCCCCCUCUACAGUGCUUUGAAUAGAACCCAUGCUCCAGGGUCUGCUGGGUAAAAAAUCACCCUACCACCAAGAGCUUUAUUUUCUGCCUGAACAUCAUCCCCACACUGAAAAAAAAAAAAAAAAAAAAAAGAUUUGCCAGGCACAGUAGCACAAACCUUUAAUCCCAGCAUUUGAGAGGCAAAGGCAGGUGGAUCUCUGUGAGUUCUAGGCCAGCCUGGUUUGCAUAGUGAGUUCUAGACCAGUCAUAGCUACAUAGUGAGACCUUGUCUCUAAAUAAAUAAAAAAAAAUAGCAAAAAAACCUUAUUUUCAUUUUAUGUAUAUAAAUGGUGUUUUUCAUGCCUGAUGACCUAGGAGGCCAGAAGAGGGUGUCAGAUUCCCUAGAUUUGGAGCUUUAGAGUCUAGAGUGAGCUGCUGUGUGGGUGCGGGGUCCUCUGCAAAAGCACCAGAUAUUCUUUUUUUUUUUUUUUUUUUUGGUUCAUUUUUUCGGAGCUGGGGACUGAACCCAGGGCCUUGCGCUUCCUAGGUAAGCGCUCUACCACUGAGCUAAAUCCCCAGCCCCAGCACCAGAUAUUCUUAACUACUGAACCAUAUUUCCAGCUCCCCCAAGGCCCAUUUUUAAUGGGCCAUUCAAUUACUCUUCCUUAUCGGCCUCUCUGUCCAUGGUCACUACUCCUAUGUUGACCUAGGUUACUUUUUUUUUUUCUGCUAUUCUCAGUCUACUUUUGCCACAAAACAUUGGUUUCCAGUCAUCAAUCCAAGCAAUCUUUUAAAUCAUUAACUCAGUCAUAGAUUCUCCUACUUAAGAGGUUUCAAUGAAUCCUCAUUGCCAUCUACACUGGGGGGGGGCCUAGAGAAAGCUAGCCUAAGCUAGCCUCCCUCCUUUACCUCCCAUCCAUUCUGCACCAUGUCUAUAGUACCUGUACGUCUGCUAAACAGCCUGCCUAUAGUUCCUGCCCUCUGACUUCUGACUGUGCUCCUAACCAGUCUUCUCUCAGUAUGUUAUAUCCCCUCUCCCAUCCUCUUAGGAAAAAACACAAUCAAAUGCCACCCCUAUCUAUGUCCUCUGGUGUCCCCAUCUAUACAUCCAUCACUGUGUGUUUUCCAUAGCCAGACCUGUGACCACCAGGUCAGACUGCACUUCAGGGAUCAGAUGGCAUACUUCUAAGUUUACCUGGCUCUCCCCACGUCCCAAGAGCCAUCAAAAGAAGGGUAGGUCACAACUCUCAGAGGGCCAUGGAAUGCUAAAGAACUGUCAGGCCUCUGGCCAGCCAUUAGCAAGCUUGGGAGGACACAGUAGAAACUCACAAAGGACACACCUGAAGCUAAGAGAAGGCCACAAUUUUCCAGGGCAUGUGGUUAGGAAGGGUUAGGUCUGACUUCCAAAUUGGCUUCCUGAGUCAUAGUCAAUUUUGCUCUGCCUGACUCAGGCAUCAGUCCCUGAGCACAUCUUCUGCCAGGCACUGGCCUGUGAGCUAAGGCUUAGCCAGGAAACACAGGCACUUCUAAUCUGGAAGAGCUCACAUGCUCGGAGGGGUAGAUCCAGGCGUGAGAAAGUCCAUUUAGCAGAUCAGAGGGUGGUAAGGACCCUUGUGCAUGGUGUUGGUUGCCUCACUUCAGGAAAUCAUGCUUUCAGAGGCUUUCCUAGUCUUUCUCCACAACUCCCCAAAGGUUGCAACUCUUUAAGACACAACUUCCCCUUGCUUUCUGGAAAGAAAUAAAAUAGAAUACUGCCCCCACCCCAUGCUUUGGUGAUGCCAUUCAUUCAUUGGACAGAUAUUUACUAAUUUUCAGGAAAUAUUCAAGAACAUAAUCAUCUUUCAGAGACCAAAGUUAAGGCCCUCCUAUAUAGCCUUAACUCUGGUCCUACCUUUCAGGGAUGGUCACCAACAUCUUUGCCCCUGAGGGCUCACGAUCAGAACAGGUUUUUUUUUUUUUUAAAGAUUUAUUCAUUUAUUAUAUAUAAGUACACUGUAGCUGUCUUCAGAUACACCAGAAGAGGGCAUCGGAUCUCUUUACAGAUGGUUGUGAGCCACCAUGUGGUUGCUGGGAAUUGAACUCAUGACCUCAGGAAGAACAGUCGGGUGCUCUUAACCGCUGAGCCAUCUCUCCAGCCCAACAGGUUUUGCUCAGCUCUGUGAAUUUUUGCACUUCCUGUGUUACCAAAAUUAAGAAUGUGUGUAUGUGAGAGUAUGUGUGUGAGAUUUUGUGUAUGUCUGGGUGUGUGUGUGUGUGUGUGUGUGUGUGUGUGUGUGUGUGUGUGAGAGAGAGAGAGAGAGAGAGAGAUUGUGUCUAAGUGUAAGAUUGUUUCUGUAAGUAUGUGUAUGUGGGCGUGAGAUUGUGUGUCUAUGUGGUAUUAUAUGUAUGUGUGUGCAUGCAUAUGUGUAAGUAUGUGUGUAUAAGAUUGUGUAUGUAUGUGUGCGUGUAAGUAUUGUAAGUGUGUGUGUGUGCAUGUGUGAAAUUUGUGUGUGUGUGUGUGUGUGUGUGUGUGAGUAUGUGAGUGUAUGUACUGGUAAAUGGAAGAUUUUAGGAAAGGGCCUUUAUCACGAGCUGUUGCCAGAGGUUCCUUGGCAGGUGGGUAGCUCUUUGAGGCUCAUGUGAAGUAGGAUGGCAGCAGGGCUCAAGACAAGAGAAGAGAUGUAAUCAUUUUGCUAGAAGAGAACAAAAGCCCAACAUGGCUGGAGAACUCUUCUUGCAUGCGUGCAUUGGUGGACGGACUAGUUAUGAGGAUCCUUAGGUACUGAGUGAAGAGCAAGACUUUAUCCUUAGAGUAAUGACAGCCUGGGCUUUAAUCUGGGGGACUGUAGAGUCAUAUAAUAUCUGUGCUUUGCAAAGACUACCCAGGCAAUAGGAUAUGUGUCACAAGGACCUUGGUCUUUAUUUCUAGAUGAGUUGAUAGUGACGUGACCCUAGUUGGGGGCAAAGGAGAAGAAGAGUGAGAGAAAUUCAAGGGAUAUUUAGGAAGCAGAAUGCAAAGUUUGAUGCUUCAAGGGCUCUCGAGAGAGAGGGAGGCUCCUGAAUGAUACUUGGGCCUUGGACCUUGGCCCAAGGUCCUUAAUGAAGCGGGGAGGCUGAAGUUAGGAAGACAGUGACAUCAUUAGUCUGGACAGGUAGCAUCUGAAGGGACAGCUGCACAUAUGGGUAGAGGAAUGAGGGAUCUAAGCUAGAGACAGCUAGACAGCUUUUGGAAGAGCCAACAGUCAGUCAUGUCAGUGAAAUGUCUAGUGAAGGAUAAAGCAUGUUAGGAAAGUGCUCUACUAGAACACUCCAAUAUAUUGUGCGGAUAGGGACAGGCUCUUAGAAAAAGGACUAAGUAUGUUAUGCCUCUACCCAUGUUCAUUCAUCCUCUGGACCUCCCACCCUCAACCUAGGUCUUACUUUUUGGGGGGGGGGGCGGGGAAGGGAGGUUGGUUUUUUUUUCAAGACAGGGUUCCUCUGUGUAGCCCUGGCAGUCCUGGAACUCACUUUGUAGACCAGGUUGGCCUCAAACUCUCAGAGAUCUGCCUCCCUUGGCAUCUUGAGUGCUGGGAUUAAAGGCAUGCACCACCACCACCUGGGAUUAGCUCCCUUGUCUUAUCAUGCUUGUCAAAGGUAAUGGGCCAAGGAUGCUCCCCAUGUUCGAGUAUAAGCUUUUCCAUUCCUACCUUGUGGUUCUUGGAGAAGCUUCUUUCUGGUGUUUUAACAGUACCUAUCUGGGCUGGAGAGAUGGCUCAGAGGUUAAGAGCACUGACUGCUCUUCCAGAGAUCCUGAGUUCAAUUCCCAGCAACCACAUGGUGUCUCACAACCAUCUGUAAUGGGAUCUGAUGCCCUCUUCUGGUGUGUCUGAAGACAGCUACUGUGUGCUUAUAUAUAGUAAAUAAAUUAAAAAACAAACAAACCAGUACCUAUUCAUUUUCCAUUAAAAUCGUAGUUUCAGGGCUGAGCAUGUAGCUUAUCAGUAGAGCACUUGCCAAGCAUGUACAAGGAAGGUCCUGUGUUCCAUCCCCUGAAAACCACUGAAAGAGUGUGAUUUCCUAGGCAAGCGCUCUACCACUGAGCUAAAUCCCCAACCCCAUUGGAGUAUGCCUUUUAUCCCGGCACUCAAGAGGCAGAGAUAGGUGAAUCUCUGAGUUUUGAGGCCAACCUGGUCUACAGAGUGAGUAACAGCUAGAGCUACAAAGAGAAACCCUAUCUCAAAAUACUAAAAUAAAAAAAAAAGAAAGAAAAAAGAAAAAUAAUGUCAUUUGAGGAGGGCCAUCUCAUUAAUGAGCGACAUAUAACCAACGAGGUAAUUUUUUUUUCCUCUUCAAAUUGGCCAUCGUGGGCAUGAUGUAUGAGUAAGCACUCUGAAAAGGAGGAGGAAUUGGUUUGAGUGUUUUAGAGCAAGGUGUAUUAUCAGAAUGUCAAGUACUAGCCUUGUUUCUCUGUUAACCACUUUGAAAAAUUUACCCCAAAGAAAUAGUUGUUCAAGUCAGGAAAAGUACAUGCCUAAAAAUGUUGUUACUCAUUUGUUUCAUCAGAGCUAAAUUGAUGAUGUUGUGAUAGGUUUGGAAUUUUGGGUUUCUUAAAAAAAAAAAAAAAAAAAAAAAAAACAACAACAAGCACUUGCUUAGCAAGCGCAAGGCCCUAGGUUCGGUCCCCAGCUCUGGAAAAAAAAAAAGAAAAAGAAAAAAGAAAAAGAAAGGAAAAAAGAAAACAACAACAACAUAAGAAUAUGUUUUUGUUUUAGUCCCAGGUGUGGGAUGUGGGGCUGCUUCAGAUUGUUCACAGCUGCUGACUAUGAUUUUGCCAGUUGCAGAUAGUUUCUUCGAUUGUGUGAUGUUUGGAAUUCUGGGGGACUUUUUAGAUAUAAAUGCUAGGGACCAAAGAGACAUGGUGAAUUGUUGGUUGGUUGUUGGUUGUUGCUUAACAGUUUGUUAAGCAGCCAUGUGUAAAGAAGAAACAACAAGAAGACAGUUUAGAUAUCCUGAUUUCGAAGAUUAUUAAGGUUUAUAUACACUCAACCCAGGGAAUGGCACUAUUAGAAGAUGUGGCCCUGUUAGAGUAGGUGUGUCAUUGUGGGUGUGGGCUUUAAGACCCUCGUAGCUGCCUGGAAGUGAAUAUUCUGCUAGCAGCCUUCAGAUGAAGAUGUACAGCUCCUAGUAUCUCCUGCACCAGGCCUGUCUGGAUGCUGCCAUGCUCCCACCUUGAUGAUAAUGGACUGAACCUCUGAACCUGUAAGCCAGCCCCAAUUAAAUGUUGUCCUUCUAAGACUUGCCUUGGUCAUGGUGUCUGUUCACAGCAGUAAAACCCUCAGACAAAGAUCAAAUUUGCCCCAAGGAACUUGAUGUGCCUAAGUAGUUUAACAAUAACAUCACCUUGUUUCCAACCCCUGACUUUAUUCAGAGAUUUCUUUCCUUCCCUCUCUAUCCUUUUUUCUCUCUUUUCUAGUGUUAGAGGGUUGAAGGGUGGAAGAAAGAAGAUCUCACAAAGCAGCCAAAGGGAGGCCCCUCAUGCCCUAGCUACAGGAAGUAGUCACGUGUGGGCCCUUUAUUAGACCCUGCCAUAUAAGCUCAGGGCACAAGUGGCCAGGAACUCCUUAGGCAAGGAUCAACAAGCAAAGGCCAUGCUGACUGCAAUGUUGCUGAGCUGUGUCCUGCUGCUGGCACUGCCUCCCACAUUGGGGGUCCAUAUGGGCGUGGCACCACUGAAGGGCAUCAGAAGGUCUGACCAGGCCCUGUUCCCAGAGUUCUCAGGUCUAAGUCUGAAGAAGACAGCAGCAGACCGAGCAGAAGAUGUUCUGCUGCAGAAGGCAGAAGCUUUGGCAGAGGUGCUAGAUCCACAGAACCGCGAGUCUCGUUCUCCGCGUCGCUGUGUAAGGCUGCACGAGUCCUGCUUGGGACAACAGGUACCUUGCUGCGACCUGUGCGCCACGUGCUACUGCCGCUUCUUCAAUACCUUUUGCUACUGCCGCAAGCUAGGUACUGGCACCACGAACCUCUGCAGCCGCCCCUAGCCAACGGAUGUUGGGCAAAGGCAGGGGACGCGAAUAAACGAUGGGACUAACUCUAAA